GCAAGCGGCCUUCCUCUGUUCGCUAUGCGGCGUAACGCGCCUGCGGACUGGGCCCAGCUUGUCCUCUAUGACUUACCCAGAAGGCAACGCUUUUGUUUCUGGUCAAAAUGGCUGGCAAGCAGGCUGUUUCAGCAUCAGGCAAGUGGCUGGAUGGUAUUCGAAAAUGGUAUUACAAUGCUGCAGGAUUCAAUAAACUGGGGUUAAUGCGAGAUGAUACAAUAUACGAGGAUGAAGAUGUAAAAGAAGCCAUAAGAAGGCUUCCUGAGAACCUUUAUAAUGACAGGAUGUUUCGCAUUAAGAGGGCACUGGACCUGUCCUUGAAGCAUCAGAUCUUGCCUAAAGAGCAGUGGACCAAAUAUGAAGAGGAAAAUUUCUAUCUUGAACCGUAUCUGAAAGAGGUUAUUCGGGAAAGAAAAGAAAGAGAAGAAUGGGCAAAGAAGUAAUCAUGUAGUUGAAGUCUGUGGAUGCAGCUGUUAUGAAGAUGGUUAAACUUGAAACAAACAAUUUUAAGAAUUAUUUGGUCUAUUGAUGUUUUACUUUAAAUAAAUGUCUAUUGUAA